UCAGCGGCCUCCUCUCCUCAGCAGCCCCCUCCUCCCAGCAGCCUCUCCUCAUCAGUGGCCUCCUUUUCCCAGCAGCCUUUUCUCCUCAACAGCCUCCUCUUCUUAGCGGCCUCCUCUUCCCAGCAGCCUCUUAUCCUCAGCGGCCUCCGCCUCCCAGCUGCCGCCUCUUCUCAUCGGCCUCCCCUCAGCCCAGCCCACCGCCGCCACCGCCGAGCAGGCCACCGGACUGACAGCAUGUGGGGCGCCCUCUGGCUAAGCCUGCCGUCCGGGAACGCUGCCCGGCUGGGGGUCCGGCUCCCCUUCCUGCCCCCAAGGCCCGGGACGGUCCCCCGGGAGCCCCGGGGUCUGUGCACUAAGCCGCAGGAGCCGGCCGCCGCGGCCCCCCGCCGCCCACCAGAGCCCUACAGGGUGCCGCUCCACAAGCCCACCUCCUGGGAGAAGAAGAUCCUCCUCUGGUCCGGCCGCUUCAAGAAGGAGGAGGAGAUCCCGGAGGCCAUCACGUUCGACAUGCUGGACGCGGCCAAGAACAAGUUCCGGGUGAAGAUCAGCUACGCCAUGAUGGCCCUGACGGUGAUGGGCUGCGUGCUCAUGGUCAUCAAGGGCAAGCAGGCCGCCCGCAGACACGAGUCCCUCACCAGCAUGAACCUGGAGAAGAAGGCCCGGCUGCGGGAAGAAGCGGCCGCCCUCCAGGCCCACGACAAGUAGGGCCCGUUCGGGGAGAGACGGGAGGUCGGCCUCUCCCCAGGAGGCUCCGAGGGCGGGAAACGGGACUGACCGCCGCCCUCGGCCCAAAGGUGAUGAGUAUCUUCACGUAUCUUCCCGGGUCCGGCCGUCCUAGGUUCCUGACCCCCCGAGAGCUUUUAACACGGUGUCCCGUCCCUCGUGUUGUCCGCGCGAUUAAAAGUGCCAGCCUAAA